UUGCGGUUUGAUGUGCUUGUGUAGUAGUGAGAACUGGAUAGACAGAGUGUAGUACGUGAAAAGGAAAGCGCAAGAAGAAAGCACAGCCUCUACUACAUCAUCCCAUUUCAGUACCUUUUCUUUCUGAGUCUCAGUUUCAACAAUUGAAGAAGAAAAUGGUUGACAAUGAAUCGCUCUCAGAAUUCCUCGCAUCUGCGGUCGACGCGGCUCAGAAAGCUGGCGAGAUUAUUCGAAAAGGCUUCUACCAGACCAAAAACGUCGAACACAAAGGACAGGUUGAUUUGGUCACAGAAACUGAUAAAGCAUGUGAAGAACUCAUAUUUAAUAAUCUCAAACAGCUUUAUCCCACUCACAAGUUCAUCGGGGAAGAAACCACGGCUGCCUAUGGCACCACAGAACUUACAGAUGAACCCACGUGGAUAGUUGAUCCCCUGGAUGGAACUACUAACUUUGUGCAUGGGUUCCCCUUUGUUUGUGUCUCCAUUGGUCUCACAAUUGGAAAAACUCCUACGAUUGGUGUUGUAUACAAUCCAAUAAUUAAUGAGCUUUUUACUGGAAUCCGUGGAAAAGGUGCCUUUUUGAAUGGGAAUCCCAUAAAAGUAUCGUCUCAAACUGAACUAAUCAGCUCCCUUCUUGCAACUGAGGCCGGAACAAAACGUGACCAAGAAACAGUAGAUGCCUCUACCAAUAGGAUUAAAAGCUUGCUUUUCAAGGUGAGAUCUCUUCGAAUGAGUGGCUCCUGCGCUCUGAAUCUUUGUGGAAUUGCAUGUGGAAGGCUGGAUGUAUUCUUUGAACUUGGCUUUGGUGGUCCUUGGGAUGUAGCAGGUGGUGCUGUCAUUGUUAGAGAAGCUGGAGGUGUUGUAUUUGAUCCGUCCGGUGCAGAUUUUGACAUAACAUCUCAGCGAGUAGCAGCUUCAAACUCUUUCUUAAAAGAUGCACUUGUUGAUACUCUGCGCCAAAUGGUUUGAGAAAUUUACUAUUAAUCAAUGGCAAGAACUUAUCAUAUAAGCCAUCUUUGUUAGUUCGUUUAGCUUUUGCCCAAAUAAUUUUUAAGAUUCUCAGUUUUUGGUAAAAGUUGCCUGAUAAAAAUGUUUUAGAAUUUUUAACUUCUGUGAAUCCAAAGUAUUCAAUAGUAAAUCACUUUAAAUCCUUUCAAAC